ACUGGGAAUUUCACUUGAGUUCCUCCCAUGCGCCUGCAGCGCUCAAGCGGCUUUUCCUAGAAGUCCAUUCAAAAGCCAUUUUUGUGCAGCUAAAUUUAAUUUCCUCACAUUCAACAAGACUUAUUCAUUGAUUGAAGAGCAUAUUGUGCAGAUCUGAAGACCGCAAGUUCACCAAAAUCUUCAAUAAAUAAUUUUCUGACCAAUCGCUACCUCUGCUACAGCAGAGCCUCGCGCGGAAGUGUUUUAAUUAUCCGCCAAAUUCGCUGAUCACGCAAAACGUGUUUUCAAACAUUCUUUAAUUUUUGCAUAAUUCGCAUAAAUUCCUCUGAUUGUCAUUGCGAGCAAUAAGAUGACAACACCUCGAGGAUAUGAGAAUCUCGUACAGUGUCCGUACAACAAGGUUCACCAAGUUGAGAAUGGCAGACGAUUUCAGACGCACCUCAUCAGAUGUCGUCGGGAAUAUGAGAAAACGCACAGCACGGAGAAGGUUUAUUGUCCAUUCAAUACGACGCAUUUGAUCAAUGAGCUCGAGCGUGGGCUUCAUAUGGAAACCUGCCCGGAUCGCGUGGCUGUGGACAAGUUUGUCGCUCCGAUCGUUGAUUCUUCUAAUUCUCUAUACAAGAAUGAUAGCAUUAAAAUGUUUUCAACACCAAGCACUGCUGACGACUGGGAUGCACAGCCUCCAACUGAGGCAUACAAUCCUGAGAAGUACUGUGAAGAGAACAAUAUUAUCAGGAAAUGCAAUGGAAUGCAGCCGGCACAGAGGAAGGCUUUCCGCCAGAACGAGCAUCUUCGCCUUGGCAAUAUCCGUGAGCACCAGUGAAAUUUACUCAUUGAUUUGCCCAAAACGGGAAACAUUUACCACAUUUGCUGAAUUAUUUGAUGUUAUGAAGAUUCAAAAAUCAAUCUCAAUCAUUUUAAUCCCGAUUUUAACAAUUACUUUCUUAACUCAUUCGAGAAGAACGCUCCUGAAGAGAACGCGACAGAUUAAGAAAGAAAUCUGCGAACUAAGCAAACAAAAUUAUCAGCAAUCUGCGAUUUGUAUAUGAAAUGUUUUUUUUUUAUCUUGAGAACAAAGUGAAACUAAAUACAGAAGAGUGUUUUGUCACAGCAAAA